AUGUUAGAUUUGGAUGGGGCGUUCACAUUAGUAUACUAUGCGAAGAAGAAGCGGAGAGCGCAGCAGUACCUCGGUGACGAUGGCUCGCACAAGAAAGAGCGGAAGCUUUACAAUGACGGGUAUGAUGAUGAUAACCACGAUUACAUCAUCAAGCAGGGUGAGAAGUUCCUCGACCGAUACGAGAUCUCAUCACCUAUCGGCAAGGGCUCCUUUGGACAGGUUGUGAAAGCCUACGACCACGAGGAGCAGUGCCAAGUAGCGAUAAAAAUUAUUAAGAAUAAGAAACCUUUCCUAAACCAGGCACAAAUAGAAGUCAAGUUACUAGAAAUGAUGAACAGAGCAGACGCCGAAAACAAGUAUUAUAUAGUGAAACUGAAGCGUCACUUCAUGUGGCGGAACCACCUGUGCCUCGUGUUCGAGCUGCUCUCGUACAACUUGUACGAUCUGCUGCGAAACACCAACUUCCGUGGAGUCUCGCUCAAUCUCACGCGCAAGUUCGCGCAGCAGCUCUGCACCGCGUUAUUGUUCCUUAGUCAACCUGAACUUAAUAUAAUUCACUGUGAUCUUAAGCCCGAGAACAUUUUGUUGUGCAAUCCCAAAAGGUCGGCCAUCAAAAUUGUGGACUUUGGUAGCUCGUGUCAACUAGGUCAAAGGAUAUACCAAUACAUUCAAUCGAGAUUCUACCGGUCGCCGGAAGUAUUGUUGGGCAUCCCUUACGACCUGGCCAUAGAUAUGUGGUCUCUUGGAUGUAUAUUGGUGGAGAUGCACACAGGAGAACCACUGUUCAGUGGCGCCAACGAGCUGGACCAGAUGAACAAGAUUGUCGAAGUUCUUGGAAUGCCGCCAGAUCAUUUGUUGGAUCAGGCACACAAAACUAGAAAGUUCUUCGACAAAUUACCGGCGUCCGAGGGCGGCGGUUACGUUUUGAAGAAAGUAGCUAGUAAGGAUGGUGGUUAUAGAAAGUACCGCGCGGCGGGAACUAGACGGCUUCACGAUAUACUGGGCGUGGAAGGAGGUGGUCCGGCAGCGAGACGCCGUGGGGAGCCUGGACAUUCAGUCUCAGAUUACCUCAAGUUUAAGGACCUGAUACUCCGUAUGCUGGAAUACGACCCCAAACAGCGCGUGACACCCUACUACGCCCUCCAACACAACUUCUUCAAGCGCACCGCAGACGAAUCCACCAACACGCAACAGGCGCAAGCGCAGUCGCAGUCGCACCACCAACACGGUAAAGGUGCUUUUUGA